UUCUCAUGUCCGGACAAGCAGCAGUUAACGCGAAGGUUCAAGCAAACACUUCGAUAUCUACAGAGGGGAGAGAGACGGAGAGCUCUCUUUACUCUGCAAUUCAAGUUUCCAGAUCAACACAAUCUCUACACUUUCAUGCAAAUUCCCAAAGCUACAGUCUUUCACUCAUUCUUUGCCAUCUUUGAUCGCUGAAGCUACGCUUUUUUUCAUGGCUUUUCAAGGGAAGAAACUCAUCAACAACCCAAAUGGUUGCAGUAUAAGCAUAUCACCUUUUAUCAAUGUGGUAACUGAGUACAUUGAGGGUCUAAUUGAAACAUAUCCUGGCCUGCAGUACCUGGAUGGUUUCCCUGAGGUCAAGGUGGUUUUACGUGCUGAUGUUUCAAGUGCUACAUAUGACAAGGUUGCAAUUAUAUCAGGCGGUGGUAGUGGACAUGAACCUGCACAGGCUGGAUUUGUUGGAGAAGGGAUGCUCACUGCUGCUAUUUGUGGAGAAGUUUUUGCUUCUCCACAAGUUGAUUCAAUUCUUGCAGGCAUUCGAGCUGUAACUGGUCCGAAGGGAUGUCUUUUAAUUGUCACGAAUUAUACUGGUGACCGUUUAAAUUUUGGUUUGGCUGCAGAGCAAGCAAAAUCUGAAGGCUAUAAAGUGGAGACUGUAAUUGUUGGAGAUGAUUGUGCUUUACCUCCAACUCAGGGCAUAGCUGGCCGGCGUGGUCUGGCAGGGACUAUUCUGGUUCAUAAGGUUGCUGGAGCUGCUGCUGCUGCUGGACUCUCUCUCAAUGAGGUUGCUGCAGAGGCAAAAUAUGCAUCUGAAAUUGUUGGAACAAUGGGUGUUGCAUUGUCAGUUUGCACACUGCCUGGUCAGGUUACAUCAGAUCGUUUGGGUCCAGGAAAGAUGGAACUUGGUCUUGGAAUUCAUGGUGAACCUGGAGCUGUUGUGGCUGACCUUCAGCCUGUUGAGGUUGUUGUUUCGUAUGUUCUUAAGCAGAUCUUAUCCCAGGAAACUAACUAUGUUCCAAUAACACGUGGUAAUCGAGUGGUGCUCAUGGUAAACGGACUUGGUGGCACUCCUAUAAUGGAGCUGAUGAUUGCAGCUGGAAAAGCAGUCCCUCAGUUGCAGCUAGAGCAUGGACUGGCUGUUGAAAGAGUGUAUACUGGGUCAUUUAUGACUUCUCUUGAUAUGGCAGGAUUUUCAAUUUCCAUAAUGAAGGCAGAUGAUGCAAUUUUGCAACGUUUGGAUGCUGCAACUAAGGCUCCAUGCUGGCCUGCUGGAGUUGAUGGUAAUCGUCCACCUGCCAAGAUACCUAUUCCUCUGCCGCUGAAUCGUUUAACAAAGAGUGAUGAGAUGAUGAGCCGGCCACUGCAGUUAAGUGAACAGGGGCAAAUUCUUGAGGCGGCUAUUGAGGCAGCAGCAAAUGCAAUUAUCAAUCUUAGAGACGAUUUAAAUGAAUGGGAUAGCAAAGUAGGUGAUGGUGAUUGUGGCUCAACGAUGUAUAGAGGUGCAACAGCAAUUCUUGAGGACAUGAAAAAAUUUUAUCCCCUGAAUGAUGCUGCGGAGACAGUAAAUGAAAUUGGAUCAUCUAUUAGAAGAGUUAUGGGAGGAACAAGUGGGAUUAUAUACAACAUAUUUUGCACGGCAGCUCAUGCACAGUUGAAAGCAAACUCACAAUCAGUUGUCACAUCAAAGCAAUGGGCUGAAGCACUUGAAGCUUCAAUCGCUGCAGUCAGCAAGUAUGGUGGGGCCAGUGCUGGCUAUCGCACUUUGCUAGAUGCACUUAUUCCAGCAUCAGCAGUUCUUCAGGAGAGAUUAACUGCUGGGGAUGAUCCUAUCACUGCUUUUAUUCAAUCAUCUGAAGCAGCAUUGGCUGGAGCUGAAUCAACCAGGCACAUGCAGGCACAGGCUGGCCGCUCUACCUACGUCUCUGCGGAGAUCCUUGCUUCAGUUCCAGAUCCCGGAGCUAUGGCCGCAGCUUCAUGGUACAGAGCAGCAGCUUUAGCUAUCAAGAACAAACUUGAGCCUUCAUAAGUAUGCGGUACUUUUUGGCUGCUGCAUGUAAAACCAAGCUAUAUGUAUUUUUGUUGAUGAUUGUCUUAACUUAGGGUUUUAACUUAUGCAAAUUUUGAGCAAAGUUGAGAGAGCAAGUUUCAUUUUUGAAAUUUCUAUAGAAAAUGUGAAUUUCAGAGAAGAAUGCAAUAUUUCAAAUUUGGUACAUUUCAAAAUCUUGUUGUACCCUGAUGGAUCAUAUAUUACAACUGAACUCAUAGAUGCUUUCUUCU